AUGCAAAAGGAAGUUAGAAAACCCAAGUACAAAGUUCCCGUCGUAACUGCUGAACAUAAUAGAGCUUAUAAUGCACAGCAGCAGAAGCUAAAGAAAACAGGUCAGGCGGAUGUUGCUGUGAAGGGACAACCAAAGAAACAUAAGUUUACACCCUCCAGCCAGAAAGUUCCGCGUAAAUCAUUUAAAUUAGAGGGUGAAAAAAUUAACACAGUUCCUCAGGGCGUACAACAGAAAUGCGUUAUUCCAAAAGCUCCCGUAAAGUUGCAACCAAGCACAGAGGAACAAGAAUUGGGAAGUCAUUCAAUUGUAAUAGAGGAAAUGAUAGAAACCGAAUCGGUUACGAGUGAUGAAACAGUGGAAACCGAAUCAGUACUAAGUGCAGGGGAAGUAACAGAAACCAAAUAUGUAGUAGGAGGUAAAAAAACGAGAAUCCCAAGAUUUGUAUAUUCUGUAAAAGCUAAGAAAGAUGAAGUAAAAUUAGAAAACGAAUCAGUACUAAUUGAAGAACUAACCCGAACAAAAUCUGUCGUAGGACGUGAAAAACCCAGAAUUCCAACAUUUGUAUAUUCUGUAAAAGCUAAGAAAGAUGAAGAAAACCUGGAAACUGAAUCAGUACUAAGUGCAGGAGAAGCAACCGGAACAAAAUGUGUAGUAGCAGAAAAGGAAUUGCAUACAACGGAAACAUCACCUUUAGAAAAGGAAUUGCAUAAAAACGAAACAUCACCUUUAGAAAAGGAAUCUAAGAAUGAUAGCCAAGCACAUUCCUCAACCGGAAACAAAUUCAAUGCACUGAAGUAUUUUACCACUCCAGAACCCAAGGAAGAUGGCGAAAAAUUGGAAACCAAAUCAGUGGCAUAUAGCGAAAAGCAUGAAAGCUCACUAUACGAGGAUGACAAAAAUAGCACAUCAUCCAGUUCAAUUGAUGCUGUGAGAGAAGACUAUAUGAAAUAUAACAAAUACAGUAUCCCCAAAGAAACCGUAAAAGAAAGAGAAAAUGCAUCAGACUCAGGACGUCAGUACCAGACGCACGUUCUCAGUGAACAGAAGAGUAUAGGAGUACACGAUCAUGAAGAUGGAAAUGCAUACUGCUAUAAUCAAGAAGGAAUGGAAGAAGGGCAUGAUGAAGAUGGAAGUGCAUACUGUCAUAAUCAACAAGGCAUGGAAGAAGGGGAUGAUGAAGAUGGAAAUACAUACUGCUCCAAUCAAAAAGGCAUGGAAGAAGCGGAUGAUGAAGAUGGAAAUACAUACUGCUCUAAUCAAAAAGGCAUGGAACAAGAAAGGCACAAUUCGCAUGAAGAUGGUAUGCCAAUUAUUGAUGCAAAUGGUGAAAAUUUGGAACAUGAGCAAGGGAAAAAAUUGCGACGAAGAGAACCACACGAUGCGAAUAAUGUGGACAAGGAAAAACUUGUACUUACAGAUUACAAGGAAUGGCUUGAUCAAAAGGAAUAUGCUAUAGUACGCGUAGUACAAAAUUUGUGGUGUAAGAUCUUUAAUUCCAAUUUUAUGAUUCGACGUAGAUAUAAAGAUCAUGUUAAAGAUAAAGGAAUGCCCACAAAUCAGGGAUGGAACAGUUGGAUGAAGAAAUUGAAUAAUGAAUGGUCAAGCUACAAUGUCUACAUACACAACGAAAGAACUAAAUGGUUCCAACAAAAGGAAAUAGAGUUCCUUCAAUUUAUACAAAACUUCCAACUUAAAUGGAUGCAUUACAACAAAGAAUUGCUACAAGAUUACUCUUUCGAUUUUUAUAAAAAAUCACUAAAAUGGAAAGAUUCCAAAUGGAUUCAAUGGAUUGAAAAGGAUGGAGAAUCUAUCAUGAUGAUGGAUAUAGAUAUAUGGAUAGACCAAAUUAGAGCAGAAUACAAUUUAUGGCAACUGAAAGCUUGGGAACAAUGGAAAAAUAACAAAAUUCUUGAUUGGUUAUUGAGUGAAGAGAAAUGUGAUCAAUAUCAGUAUUGGCUAAAAUGGGAAUACUCGAAUAAAAAACCAUCACUUAGAAACGAAAAACUCGACUGGUACAAAUGGAAGAAGAUUAGACAAAGUGAAGCUAAAGACUGGCAAAAAUGGGUCCGGGAAAAAGAACAGGCAUUAAUAGAAGUUAAGAACCUAAUAUGGCAAAAUUGGAAAGAGGAAAAAAAAAAGGUAUUUUUCUCAAUGCUCAACCACUUUAUUAAAAAUUGGAUAGCCAACAAGCAAUGGAAAGUAUGGAUACUCGACUUGAAAAGCACACAAGCAAAAUAA